AUGUCGGAUGCUGCCUCUAUUCGAUCUUGCGUCGAAACAAUCCGUUCGCAAGGAAUUCGCUUCAAUGUCUUGGUCAACAAUGCUGGCGUGUCUUUGAUUCCGAACUAUACGGAAGCUCCCACGGGCCAAGAACUGACCUGUCAAACCAACUACUUUGGUGUGGUUCAACUCACGGAAUCUCUCAUUCCCUUGUUGGAAGGGGAUGCUCGUGUGAUCUUCGUCAGUUCCUUGACGUAUAACAAAGGAGCUCCAGACACAAUCGAUCGGACGCAUCUCUGCAUCGGCCAAGAAGCCUAUGAUAAAUGGAGUCCCUAUUUCCGCUCGAAGUAUCUGGUGACUUCCUAUGCGCAGUAUCUGGCGCGACGCAAUCCGUCCUUAUUCGUGAUCGCGUGUGAUCCAGGAAUCGCAGGGACUGCGAUUGCUCGGGAGCUGGGCUGCAUUGGGAAGAUCUUUCAGUGGAAGAUUUGUCAGUGCCUCUUCCCUACGUGGAAGGUAGCGAUGGGAGGAGAGAGUGAGGAGUAGGGCGCGUGCACGAUCGCGUUUGCAGCGGCGAGUCAGAAGGUGAAGAGUGUUUGCAAGUCUGGAGAUAUGUGCUGCUGCUGUAAAAAGAAGGAAUUGAUUCCGCGCGUGAAGUCGGAAGAAGAGCAGAAUCAGAUUUUCGAGGCUACGAAGGAUAUUUUAGAUUCGAUGCCUU